AAAACUAAAAUCUCCACCUACGACAAGAUGUGGGAGUUCAUGAACAGCAGGAGGCAGUCUGUGAUGGUUAAGACGAUGGAAGAGGGAAUCCAGCGCGUCCUGACCUCCGACUACGCCUUCCUCAUGGAGUCCACCACCAUCGAGUUUGUCACCCAGCGCAACUGCAACCUCACACAGAUCGGAGGCCUCAUCGACUCCAAAGCAUACGGAGUGGGAACACCUAUGGGCUCUCCCUACAGAGACAAGAUCACGAUAGCUAUUCUGCAGCUGCAGGAGGAAGGGAAGCUGCACAUGAUGAAGGAGAAGUGGUGGAGAGGGAACGGCUGUCCCGAGGAGGAGAGCAAGGAGGCCAGCGCUCUCGGGGUGCAGAACAUCGGAGGGAUCUUCAUCGUGCUCGCUGCAGGACUGGUGCUGUCCGUGUUUGUGGCCGUAGGGGAGGUGCUGUACAAGUCCAAUCAGAACGCCCAGCUGGAGAAGGUACUGCACUCCUUUUAUAUCCAGUGUUAA